AUGAAUUUAAGGCCAUUUAUUAAAACACACAUAAAGACUAUAAUGACAAAUUUUGACGUUUAGAGAGGACCAUUUGAUUCUUUUUUAAGAGAAUACUACAAAAAUAACAAAACUCUUGGCCCUUCUGAGCGUUCAAUAAUUUCUCAAACAGCUUUUGAUCUAAUUAGAAAUGAUCUUCUUCUUUCUCAUUUUACGAAAGAUGUGGAUAGAAAAUGUGAUCUAUUAUCACAUGUUUCAAAUUACGAGAAAGACCAAAAUAUUCCACUGUAAGAUUAUAUUUGAUCAAUUACAAAGGAAUAUUCGAUGUAGCUGUCCAGAGAUGUAAAAUAUGAAUUCUAUUUCAGACUGUUCCAACUAGUUUCUGAUUAAUAUGGUCAAAAAAGAGCAUAUGAGUUCUUUACAGCUUUAAACACCAAGGCACCAUUGACGAUUCGAAUAAAUCCAAUAAAAAUAACAAGAGAGAAAGUAAUUGUUUUACUACAUAAUAUCUUUAGCUAAUUAAGGAGAUGAAAAAUCUAUAUUUUAAAAAGACUUUAACAUCACCUUAUGGUUUAAUAGUGAGCAAAGAAAAUAAUGUAAAUUUGAGUGAUACAGAUUAAUUUAAAGAGGGAUUAUUUGAAAUUCAAGAUGAGGCCUCAUAAGUUUGUGCUCUUAGAGUAUAAUGCAAACCAAAUGAUAAAGUACUUGAUUAUUGUGCAGGAUCUGGAGGGAAAACCUUAGCAUUUGCUCAUUAGAUGGAAGGUAAAGGUGUAAUUGAGAUAAAUGACUCAAGAAGUGAAGCUUUGGCUAAAGCAAAGAUAAGAUUACGAAGAGCUGGUAUAAUGAACUACAGCUUCUUUACAAAGAAAUUCAAAUAUGAUUGGAUUUUAUUAGAUGUUCCUUGUACAGGAUUAGGAACUUUAAGAAGAAACCCAGAUUCGAAAUAUCGAUUUUCUUAGGAAAGAUUAGAUAGUAAAUAUAUUAAUUGAACUAGAUUUAAUAAAAUUAUAAUAAGAAAUAUUUGAUUAAGCAAUUAGAUAUUUGAAGUAAGAUGGAGUGAUAGUUUAUACAACUUGUAGUUUUUUGAAAGAUGAAAAUUAGAAUUAAGUGAAGCAUUUUUGCAAGAAGUACGAUUUAAGCGUGGUUGAUAAUGAUUAUUUCCAAAGUUUACCAGAGAGAGGUGGAAUGGAUAGUUUUUUUAGCAUUAGUUUGAAAAAAAAUUGAG